UCGACUGUCGGGGCAGCCCUCCUCCGGGAUUAUGCCCUUCAUAUAGAGCCCACGCAGACAAACAACGACAUCCACCGGCCCGACUCAAACCCCAGAGCUCCCGGCUGCGCUGCGCUGCCGGCCGAGACAGCCGAGCCGAUUAAGGAAGAGCCCGGCGUUAGGCCGUUACCCCCACGCUCGACGCUCCGUCCGUUCCGCCAGAAGUCUCUCCGCAACAAGAAGGCGUUGUCGACGGACUGCAUCCCGCGCCAAACCAUCAUGAAGGCCCUGGCUUCACGGUCGUCCUUGGCCAAUAACAAUAAUCAGAAUGCGCCGCUGGCCGGCCCAUGGACAGGCCUGAUGCCCAAUAGCUCUUCUAGCCAGAUAUCGCCUCCGGCGGAGGAACGGGACCGAGAGCGCCGGUGCAGUAAUACCUCGUCACAGUUGUCUGCGGCGCUUUCGAACCUGCAAGUAAAUGGUUAUCUCGAGCGGUCACCAGCCACGGCGCGGCUCAUGUUGCAGUCCCCCUGCUAUUUCCAUCAACGGUUCGACGGCGCUGUCAACAUCGAAAAGGUGCUGGAGGAGAUUGCGGAUGAUGAGUGGCUGUCACAUUCGCGGUUAGUCCAGACUGCAACUGGGGUCCGAGAGGUGUCAAAGCAGCUGCAACGCCGGCCCAUCAAGCGCGCAGUUCGGAACGUUAUGAUCGUCACCAAGGCAAGAGAUAAUAGCCUGGUGCAUCUGACCCGUGAGGUGACCGAGUGGUUGCUCUCGACGCCUCGCUACGGAAGUGAAUUGGGUGUGAAUGUCUACGUCGAUGCAAAACUGCGCAACUCCAAGCGCUUCGAUGCCGCCGGCCUGUUGCAAAAGGACCCGCGCUUUACACAAAUGCUACAGUUCUGGACACCCGAUCUCUGCUGGACGUCGCCCGAUAAGUUCGACUUGGUCUUAACUCUGGGUGGUGACGGCACGGUGCUUUUCACUUCCUGGCUGUUCCAACGCGUGGUCCCUCCGGUUCUCUGCUUCUCGCUCGGCAGUCUGGGGUUCUUGACCAACUUCGAGUUCGCCGACUACCAGUCACAGCUGAAUGCCGUUAUGGGCGAGGUCGGCAUGCGCGUCAAUCUUCGCAUGCGAUUCACCUGCACGGUCUUCCGCAAGGACCGGAGCAAAGGUGCCGAGGCGGGCGCUGUGGAGGAAGGGGAGCAAUUCGAGGUUCUGAACGAGCUUGUCAUCGACCGGGGACCUUCUCCCUACGUAUCCAAUCUGGAGUUAUACGCGGACAACGAGCUGUUGACCGUCGUCCAGGCGGACGGCUGCAUCUUUUCCACUCCCACUGGUAGGUUCAACCGCCUAUUCCCUGUCCGCUGGGGGUUCUCUAAUCCACCCCCUCAAUUCCGGGCAUCCUCCUCACCCCGAUCUGCCCUCACACCCUCUCUUUCCGGCCCAUGGUCCUCUCCGACUCGCAUCUCCUCCGAAUCGCCGUUCCCCACGCAUCCCGGCCGCGUGGAGCUCCGCCAAGGUGACUAUGUCACCAUCGAAGCAAGCCAAUACCCGUUCCCGACUGUCGUCGCCGAUAGCGGCGAGUGGUUCACCAGUGUCCAGCGUGCCUUGCGCUGGAACACGCGUGGUGCCAUCCAGAAGAGCUGGGACGGCCGGCCGGACGGUGAUGCCGUUUUCGAAGACGAGGAGUGGGAUAUUGACACAGACGCCGGGCUCACUGGGACAGAUAGUGGGAUUGGACCAAGUGAGGAUGGCGACGCGCUGUCUCCGAAUCCGAUGCGGAGACAGAUGAGCUUGCUGAAUAUGUAG